AUGUUAAAUGAUGAGUUUAGGGCCACAAAUGCCAGUGAAUGGCAAUUAAGCGAAAGUCUGAUUGACUUAACAGUGAGUGAGUCGUCGACUGAGUUGUCGUUGGAGUCAAUGCAGAGUCAGAGCAAGUGUUCAGCCCUUCAGUCAGUUCUGGUGAACACCACUGCCUCCGACACAGCCCUCCCAGACGUGACAUACGUUCCCCACCCGACCCCCGGACACACCUCCACCCCCACCAACACUGCACUCAACACACCCUUUGCCUCCAACUCAUCGCAAGAGAAUCAACCACUUCUUCGCCGAAUGGAGUCCGACGUGUAUUCAGUGGUGAGCAACACAUUCACCGACGACCCGGAGUUCCAGUCCCUCAUCCGUGAGGCGGAACAGGCCAUCGAUAACGGCAUAUAUCCCACACGUAUUAAACAGGGCUCGAGUGGCAGCUAUUUUGUCCGAAACACCGACAAUAAUAAAACGAUUGGAGUGUUUAAACCGAAAGAUGAGGAGCCGUACGGUAUGUUGAAUCCAAAGUGGACCAAAUGGAUGCACAAGUUGUGCUGUCCCUGUUGUUUCGGCCGCUCCUGUCUCGUCCCAAACCAGGGCUAUCUCUCGGAAGCGGCCGCUUCUCUUGUGGACCAAAAAUUGCAAUUAAAUAUUGUCGUGAGACUAUCUUCCGAUACAUUCAACUACUCAGCCAUAGAUCGGGCGAAGGCUGCGACCAAAAAGAAUGUGAACGAGAGGUUUCCCAAAGUUGGCCGACAUUUCCAUCGCAUUGGUUUACCACCGAAAGUUGGUUCUCUUCAAACAUUUGUCGAGACCUUUGAAGACGCGAUCUUUUGGUUGAGACGUUUUGAAGACAAUCCUUUGCCCGAAGAAGUGCUCAAAGAAUUUCAGUCUCAGUUCGAGAGACUCGUAGUUCUGGAUUAUAUAAUCCGAAACACAGAUCGCGGUAACGAUAAUUGGCUUAUUAAGUAUCAAAAGCCUCCUAAACCUAUUGAGACACAACCGCUCACUUCUUGGAGUCCUAAGCGGUGUCCAAACAUUAAGAUUGCGGCCAUAGAUAAUGGGCUGGCCUUCCCUUUCAAACACCCCGACGAAUGGAGAGCUUACCCGUAUUACUGGUCUUGGCUUCCAUACGCCAAACAGCCCUUUUCUAAUGAGACCCGGGAUCUCAUUUUGCCUCAACUUUCGGAUAUGAAUUAUGUACAGGAAUUAUGUGACGAACUCUACGAACUCUUUAAGGGCGAUAAAGGGUUUGAUAGAAAUGUUUUCGAAAAACAAAUGUCAGUAAUGAGAGGACAGAUAUUGAAUUUAACUCAAGCUUUAAAAGAAGGUAAAUCUCCGGUACAAUUGGUUCAAAUGCCGGCAGUUUUAGUGGAGCGAAGUUGUGGCGCCCAAAGGGGUCGCAUACGAGCCAUGACUGAGAGCUUUACUCAAAGCUUUCAGCGCAAGACUCCAUUCUUCUCGUGGUGUUGAGUGUGAUUGACAUCGAUGUCCACCGAUGGCCACCCAGUCGUCCACACUUUGAUUUUAUUGUUUUCUAUUCAACUAAAGAUUCUUUAACCAAAUGUUAAUUUAAAAACAUUAUUUAUCAAUCGUUUUAUUUUUUGACAUAACCUUAUGUUUUUAAAAAGUCACUGGAAAUACAAAUCGAGUUUUGUUUUUAAAUGUCUGUGAUAUUCACAACUUUUCCUGAAUAAUAUCGAGUAUUUGUUUCGUUGGAAUUAAAUUUAAA